AUGUACGUGAGCUACCUGCUGGACAAGGACGGGCCCAUGUACCCCGGGCCCGUGCGCCACUCGGGGGGGCUCAACCUGGCGGCGCAGAACUUCGUGGGCGCGCCGCAGUACGCGGACUACGGCGGAUACCAUGUGAACCUCGAGAGCGCCCAGUCGCCCGGGCCGGCCUGGCCGGCGCCCUACGGGGCGCCCCUCCGCGACGACUGGGCCGCCUAYGGGCAAGGGGCUCCGGCGAGCGCGGCGGGCGCCGUGCACGGCCUCAACGGCGGCUCCCCCGCCGCCGCUAUGGCCUACAGCCCCGCCGACUACCACCACCCCCCGCACGGCCACCACCACCACGCGGGGCCCGCGCCGCACUGCUCCGCCGCCGCCGUCAUGCAGCCCCUGGGCGCCGCCAACGCCGCCCCCGAGCCGCUCUCCCCCGGCGGGCAGCGCCGCGGCCUCUGCGAGUGGAUGAGGAAGCCCGCGCAGACCCCGCUCAGCAGCCAGGUGAAAACCCGCACGAAAGACAAGUACCGCGUGGUGUACACGGACCACCAGCGGCUGGAGCUGGAGAAGGAGUUCCACUACAGCCGCUACAUCACCAUCCGGCGCAAAGCGGAGCUCGCCUCCAACCUGGGGCUCUCCGAGAGGCAGGUGAAAAUCUGGUUCCAGAACCGGCGCGCCAAGGAGAGGAAGAUCAACAAGAAGAAGCUGCAGCAGGCGCCCCGGCGCGGAGCCGCUCAGCCCCGCGCUGCAGGGCCCCGCGGGCGCGCAGUGAGCGCGCACUGA